UUUUAUUUUUUAUUUGAACGACCAACCCCAGAUCUGGCUAGCUCGCACUCACCAGCUCCACGCCGGCCUCGCCUCACCUCACCGACACGAACCGCGACCUUUUAACUAGCAAGAGGGAGCACUUGCGGCCGCUUCAGGCUCAUAGCGGCACCCGCUCCACACCUCACUUUCCUCCCCAGCAGAGCAAGCAACCCAGGAAACAAAGAGACAGAGUGAGAGAGAGCAAUGGCGUCCAUCAUCGUGCAGGUGUCCGCCCUGCUCCUCAACCUCAUCGCCUUCGGCCUCGCCGUCGCCGCCGAGCAGCGCCGCAGCAAGGCCACGGUGACGCCGGAUCUGGCCAAGGAGUACGACUACUGCGUCUACGACUCCGACGUCGCCACCGGCUACGGCGUCGGCGCGCUCCUCCUCCUCACCGCCGCGCAGGUCGUCGUCAUGCUCGCCAGCCGGUGCUUCUGCUGCGGACGCGGGCUCAAGCCGGGGGGCUCCCGCGCCUGCGCCCUCAUGCUCUUCCUCUUCUCAUGGCUGACCUUCCUCGUCGCAGCGGCGUGUUUGCUGGCAGGAUCAGUGCGUAACGCAUACCACACCCGGUACAGGGGUAUCUUCAACGGCGACCCACUCUCUUGCGAGACGCUGCGCAAGGGUGUCUUCGCUGCCGGUGCAGCCUUCACCUUCUUCACGGCCAUCCUCAGCGAGUUCUACUACAUCAGCUACUCCAAAUCCCGGGAUGCCGCCGGUGGCGCUCCAUACGGCGGCUCCACCAUCGGCAUGGGCACUUACAGUUAAGGAGCUCGGCGCUGGCAUGGGCACUUCAGUUAAGGAGCUCGGCGCUGGAGGUUUACGGGAAGGUUCAGUCCGUUUCAGGGCGGAUCAUGCAUGUAGUUCGUGGAGUGUGGUGUUCUUGUUAACGUUACAGUGGUAGAUUACGGUGUAAAUGUGUUUGCUGUCUUCACUAGGUUAUGUAUGAGAUUUCCUGGUUGGGCCUUAUACAAUUCGGAUGAUUGGAUUGGAUUCUGCAUA